AUUAGAGGGGUGCGGGGAGAGACGGGACAGUCGGCGCCUGUUUUUCUCAACAUCAAUACACACACACAUUGUCACUCUCGAUCUGCCUGUGAGCGCGUGUAAAAUAUAUUUUUUAAAACUUCUCCAUUAAAAGAAAUGUUUCCGAGGCUCUGACGUCACGUGUUUCCAACGUUCGAGUUUUUUUUGGAUUGGGGGGGAGGGUUAGUGGUCAAGGAAACCCUUAUUCGGGUACGAAAUGAAAUUGGAAGCUCUUGCUGCAUUUAUUACUUUUAAAUAGAAAAGGAGUUGGGAGUGAGACCGGGGUCGAAUGUUGCGAUAUCAAAUGAGAGAAAAUCCGGUCGUUUUUUUUCCCUCCUCGCGCUGCCUCCACUCUUGCCCCCGCCCCUCUCGGAGCCGGCUGUGACCAAUGGGAAGCGAGAGUUUUCGCGCUGUGGUGUUGCUGGUGGUGGUGGUGAACGAAGAAGAAGGAGGAUGAUGAUAAUGAUGAUGAUAAGAGAGUCAAGUCAGUCACUCUUUGUGACUGCUAACAUCUGAACAACAUGGCUCAACCGUACGGACUUCCACAGAGUAUGAUGGCGAGUUCCCGACCACUGGCACACGAGUUACUUAAUCCCAUAACUAUGAAACAAGUUCCUGAGAUCCUUAGUAUGACUAAUAAGAAGAGUCAAAAUGGUGAAGUGGCUUCUGAGCGUUCAAUGCUGACUGACAAAGCUGUCACACCGUUAUCAGCUGCUCUUCAGGAUGGUGUGAUACAUAGAUUAAAUGGACAUGAUGCAGCAUCUGCUUUCAGAUCAUCAGACAAAUUAAAGGAUUUGACUUCUCUUGUAUUAAAUGGAGAUUCAAGUGCACCAGAUGUAAUUCAAGAGACACCAUCCCAGCAUGCUGUGUCUCCAGUUGAAUGCUCCACAGAAAACAGAGGGAACAAAACACCACCUCGAACAACACCAAAAAAGAGUGGCUCUCCAGAAAUUAAAUUGAGGAUUACUAAAACUUAUUUGAAUGGAAAGCCACUAUUUGAAUCCUCACUGUGUGGAGAUCUGCAGAUUGGUGACCCUGAAUCUGCAAAGCUGCAAGAAGAAAAGGAAGAAGACGAAGGAAAAAAUAAAGAAAAAAGAAAAAGAAAGCGAAGUGUGAAGUAUGAUGCGCUACUUGAACAAAGUCUGGCUCAAGUCACAUUUGCGUCAAAGACAUCCAUUUCUCCUGAAGAACAUGUAAAGCCUAAAGAACAUCAAGACCAUGAAGGAGCCAAAUGUGAAGAGACCAAGGAUAAGGAUGUCCCAGUGAAAUAUCAUGUAGGGGAUAUGGUGUGGUCCAAAGUAUCUGGCUAUCCUUGGUGGGCUUGCAUGGUUUCUUCAGAUCCCCUGUUGAACACCCAUACAAGAGUAAAAGGUCUGAAUAGGGCCAUUUGUCGCCAGUACCAUGUCCAGUUUUUUGGAGAAGCCCCAGAAAGAGCCUGGAUCUUUGAAAAGAGCAUGAUACCUUUUGAAGACUUUCAACAGUAUGAUGAGUUAGUUCAACAAAGUGCCAAACAUGCAAGCUCCAAGGCAGUGAAGAAUAAGAUCCUAAAACCAAUUCCUGCCAAAAUCCGUGGUCAGUGGGAUGUGGGGAUUGCUCAAGCUAAAGAAGCAUUGACAAUGACCCUUGAGGAUCGAAAAGCUAAAUACACCUUUUUGUAUGAUCAUGAUCGGCCACUACUGCCACCUCAGGUUGCAAAGGAGGCUGGGGUUCCAGUUGAAUUUAUAGAGGAUAGGAAAUGGCCAACUGAAGAAUUUCCAAGUAUCAAGGAAAAUCUUGCUGACAGUAAAGGACGGAGGAAAAGAAACAGCAGUGCACCAAAUAAAAGGCAAUGUUCAAAGCCAUUUGAGCCGAAGACCCCAGCAAGGCAGUGUGUAAAUAGGACUGUAGAUUGUUUUGAUGGUUCUGCACAAGAUCACUCAAUUGACAGGACAUCUUGUAGAUCAUCAGACUCUGAGAGUGGUACUGGUUCCCCUGUGGCUAAGAGAAAACAAGGAGCCUCCUCUCAGCGGACCAGGAAAUGUGAUACUGCCUUCGCUCAGUUCAUGGCUUUUUGUCAGAAACAUCGAGAUGAGCUGGCUGAGGAGCAUCCAGAUGCUUCUGCUGAGGAGAUUGAAGAGUUGCUGGAGUCUCAAUGGGCUAUGCUUAGUGAUAAACAGAGAGCACGUUACAAUACGAAGUUCUCUCUAGUAACCCCUGUAACUGAGCAUAAAUCUCCUGUUUUGGGUUCAGGUUUUUCAACUAGUUCUCCUGGGCCAACCAGACGCAAAGUUCUACAAGAUUCUCCAAAAAGAACAACUAGAUCUAGUGUUAGCUCAGAAUCAACUAGGCAAAGAAGACUAUCAAGGAAAAUAAUAGAUUACAGGGAGGACUCUCCAGACCGAAUUGGCACCAGCAAGAGAUUGAAGCGAAACUACUACAUAGAUGACAAGUAUGAGUUAAACGAUGCUGACCAGGCAGAGGGAUGUGGAGGUGAUGGUGUUGAAACUGGAGAAACAUCUUGUGUUACUAAUGCAUCCCGAAACAGCCAGUCAGAUAUAAGCAAACUCUCUGAUGCAUGUAAACCACUGAAAAAGCGAAGUAGAGCAUCAACAGCAGAAACUCUGAUACCAGCUGUCAGCAAGAAUCCAUCUCCUUUAACUGUAUUUCCAGAAAAUGAGACAUCAUUUGAUGGACAGCUGGAGUCAGCAGAUGAAAGUGCAGAUGAAACUCCAACAGAGGCUUCAUCUGUAUCAUCCAAAAAAUCCCAAGGAGAGCGAGGAGGCAAUGGUACAGCUAAGAAAGAAGGAGUUUGUCAGAUGUGUGAAAACUCUGGUGAACUGCUCCUUUGUGAAGGACAGUGUUGUGGGACAUUCCACUUGGCUUGUCUUGGGCUGUCUAAGUUACCUCAAGGCAAAUUUAUGUGCAGAGAAUGCACAUCAGGUGUACACUCGUGUUUUGUGUGUAAGAAGAUUGGGCCUGAUGUUAAACGCUGCAAUGUUCCUCUGUGUGGCAAGUUCUACCAUGAAGAAUGUGUGAAAAAGUAUCCCCCAACUGUUUUUGAAAACAAGAGACUUCGAUGCCCACUGCACACUUGUAUCAGCUGCCAUGCCACAAACCCCUCUAACCCCAGGACAACAAAAGCAGGGCGAAUGAUGCGAUGUGUCCGCUGUCCUGUGGCUUAUCAUGGAGGGGAAACUUGCAUUGCAGCAGGGUCUGUGAUACUGACAGCCAACAGUAUUAUUUGCAGCAACCAUUUCGUUCCAAAAAAAGGCUACAGUCAUCAUGCUCAUGUCAAUGUUAGCUGGUGCUUUGUGUGUUCAAGAGGUGGGAGCCUUUUGUGCUGUGAGUCCUGUCCUGCAGCAUUUCAUCCAGAAUGCCUAAACAUUGAUAUGCCAGAAGGGAGUUGGUAUUGCAAUGAUUGCAAAGCAGGCAAGAAGCCACAUUACAAAGACAUUAUCUGGGUUAAACUGGGUAGCUACAGGUGGUGGCCAGCAGAGAUUUGUCACCCAAGAAACAUUCCGACAAAUAUUCAAAAUAUGAAGCAUGAGAUUGGCGAAUUUCCGGUUCAUUUCUUUGGAUCAAAUGACUACUUUUGGACCCAUCAGGCGCGAGUGUUUCCCUAUAUGGAAGGUGAUAAGGGAAGCAAGGACAAUAAAAUUAAAAGCCUCAGCAAAGCUUUUAGAAAAGCUUUAGAUGAGGCAGCAGAACGCUUUCAGGAUCUUAAGGCUCAGCGGGAGACUAGAGAAGCUCAGGAAAAUGAGCGUAAUGGGAGAAAGCCUCCGCCAUAUAAACACAUAAAGGUCAAUAAACCUUAUGGAAAAGCACAGAUUUAUACAGCUGAUAUUUCAGAAAUCUCGAGGUGCAAUUGUAAGCCGACAGAUGAUCAUCCUUGUGGCUUGGAUUCGGAGUGCCUUAACAGAAUGUUAAUGUAUGAAUGUCAUCCAGCUGUGUGUCCUGCUGGUGUGCGAUGCCAAAACCAAUGUUUUACCAAACGUCAGUAUCCUGAAUCACAGGUAGUCAAGACUGCCGGAAAGGGCUGGGGCCUAAUUUCAAAGACUGACAUUAAAAAAGGAACAUUUGUUAAUGAGUAUGUGGGAGAGGUCAUUGAUGAAGAUGAGUGUCGAGCAAGAAUCCGGUUUGCCCAGGAACACAACAUUGCCAACUUCUACAUGCUAACGAUUGAUAAGGAUAGAAUAAUUGAUGCUGGACCAAAAGGCAAUUAUUGUCGAUUUAUGAACCACAGUUGUCAGCCCAAUUGUGAAACACAGAAAUGGACGGUGAAUGGAGACACUCGAGUUGGGUUGUUUUCUCUUUGCGAUAUUCCAGCAGGGACUGAGCUGACCUUCAAUUACAAUCUUGACUGUCUUGGCAAUGAGAAGACCAUCUGCAGAUGUGGAGCACCGAAUUGCAGUGGAUUUCUUGGUGUCAGACCCAAGAAUGCAACCAAUGGUUCCGAUGACAAAGGAAAAAGGGGGAGAAAGAAACUACGGAAACGUAAAUCCAAGGGUGAUGGGAAGAAAGAGCAUGAGGAUGAGUGCUUCCGGUGCAGAGAUGGUGGAGAACUUGUGCUUUGUGAUAGAAAAACUUGUUCAAAGUCAUAUCACCUAUCCUGCCUCAGUCUUACAAAACCUCCAUUUGGAAAAUGGGAGUGCCCUUGGCACCACUGUGAUGUGUGUGGGAAACCCUCUGUAGUUUUUUGUCAAUUCUGCCCCAACUCCUUCUGCAAGGAUCACGAGGAAGGAACAAUGUUCAGGUCCACAACUGAUGGACGUGCUUGCUGCUGCGAACAUGACCACUGCAACAUGGCAGAUCCUCUGGAACGAUGCAAAAACCUGGAGACCAAUCCUUCUCUGAAUGAGACAGUGAAGUUAGAGUCCAAGAAUCCCAAAACCAGCAAUCAUAUGCCAGUUGAAAAAGCACAGUGAAUUAUUUGAACUGUAGACACUAUUGGAGAUUGGAUGUUGAUUGAUGAAUAUUAUCACAGGCACUCCACACAACUUGUCAUAUAAAGAACUGUUUGCAGGGAAAGGCACUCUUGAUUCGGCUGAGCCAUCUCCAGCAGUUCUUAACUGCAUCUGCACUGAUAAUUCAAGACACUGACUCCAGGAUUCACGCGUAUCCAGGACAGCAAAACUACACAGCAUUAUAUCAACACUGGGAAUCUUUGAAACUGUCCCUCCUAUGAAAUAUUGAAAGUAGGAGGUAGAUUUAAAAGACCAAAUUACAAAAUGGGAUUGGAAGUAGAAAAAAUAGCAUUUAUCAGUGAUUAAAAGUGUUAGAAAUAUGAUACUGAAAAAAAUGACACUAUUAGUUGCUCUUCAUUGUGUUUGUAUGCCUUAGUGUAGUUUACAUUAAUAGUUCAGUAUCUUUUGUAACUCUGCUGGUCUUUAUUGCAGUGCAUAGAUAAUCAUUCGUUCAAUGUUUUAAAAUACCUUCUCUUCAGGGCUGUUUGAACUGUUUAGUGUGUGGCUGCAGGGAUUGAAACUGUAUUACUGUAACCAGUAAAUGCAGCAAUUUUGUGGGUAUUUACUGGAAAAACUCUGGUCAGGCAAGUUUUAUUUAAACCAAUUGUAAUAGUAACAAAUUAUGUUUAAUCAGUUAUGUCCCAAACUGUGAACCAUGUUCACCUCAAUUGAAAAUAAUUUAGAUUGGUGUUUGUUUUUGGUUUCUGUUUUGUUCAUCCAUUGGAGAUUCUCAGAGCUUUCUCAAAUUUUGUCAUUGCAAGAUCCUAUGAGAAGGAAACAAACUGUGUUUAUAGAUCAUCGUGUUAUGUUCUUUAAACUCUGCUCACAGAGUUCAGCCUCCACUUUUCUUAACUUCUGUACUGUGUAUUCCCAUACUACUUUUGUUGCUCUGUCAAGGGUCCAAGAGUAGCCAGUGUGCAGCAGAAAAGCUACCAAAUUUAUUAAUGUUAAAUGUCAACAAACCAGUUUGUUGGUACAUUUUUACAAUUAUAUUUAUCAAUUAUAUAUUGUCCACAUCAUUACCUUUGCCUUCAUUUGACAGGCAUGGCUGCCAGCUUGAGAAUUCCUCUUGGGAUGACAAAUGAAAUUCAAUGGCAAGUUGCAAGAUGAAAAUAAUGUGUUUCAUCUCACUGACUCGAUACACUAUUCCACUCUUGCUGUCACAUUGCAUUAUCGCUUAGGUCAGUGUGUAUUAUUCUGUAAAACUUUUAUUUGAAUUCACUGGAUGAAGUUUGGAACAUCCGCAAUUCAGAUUCACUGAGCACAAAAUGUCAAUUGCCAAAACCAGAACUGAAGAUUCACUACUGUCAAUUCAUGUAAUCUGUUGUAUUAGGGAGCAUAACGUCUCCCUUCUGCAGUGUCUGCCUAGACUAUCAAGAAGUUGAUCAAUCCAAUGCAACAUUCCAAGGUUGAACAGUGUCUCUGCCACCUAUCUAGAUUAUUUUGUUGCUUGGGUCUCUACUUGUGAAAUUGUUUUCCAUCUGCUAGUGCAGUUAUUUUUCUUAAAGUAUCAAGCCAGUCAAAAAGUGGUCAUUAAGUUGAUAACUGGCUUUUGAUUUCAAUUCCAUUGUGCACUUUGUAGCCAAUCACCUUGAUUGGUUUCAUUAUCCACCCCAAUGGAAAUACUCAGGAUGGUGUUCUGCUUUCCUGGAUUGUUGUGAAAGGUACUGUUAUGUUAACAAUUUUGUGUACUUGUAAUACAGUUAGUUUUAGUGCAGAAAUAAUUGUAUUUGUGAAAAAUAUGUUUAUACUUGCUGCGUGAAGCGACUAAUAGUGAUUGGAGAACUGUGGGCGACUGAAUUAAGUGCUGCAUGCAUUAGUCAGCUCAAAGUAAUAGUGUUUAGAAUUUACCCCUAAAGAGAAAAAGCAGGAUCCUGAAUUGAAGAUAAUUUUGAAUUUUCAAGAUAAGGAUAGACUGAAUAAGAUAUUUGAGAGGAGCUUUUCAAAUUUUUGCCUCCAGUUUUAAGCGAAUUGUUGACAGUACAAU